AUGCAUAAAGAUCAGCUCCUCCACCUCCUCCUCCAUUGCUGUUUUAGCAUUGCCAUCCAGAAAAAUGAGUGCACUACCUUUUGCGGCGAGGUCGACAUAAGGACCACGUUUCAAUUGAAGGGCGAAAAGGGUUGCGGGGACCAAAACUAUGAGCUGACCUGCAGAAAUAACCACACCAUUCUGGAUUUGUACUCGAGGGAGUACUAUGUACAGUACAUCAACUACAUCAACUUCACGAUUAGGCUCGCCAAUGUUGGGCUGCAAAAGGCCAACUGCUCGCCUCUUCCUCACCGCUCUUUGUCAUGCAGUGACUUCAGCUUCUACCCCAUCGGUAUAGAUGUGGGAAAUAUGAAAAAGGGUCCAACGUUAUCCAAGACUCUGGCAAUCGUGGACUGCAUGGAGGCCGUCAAUUCUCUGUUUUACAUUGACUCUUCGUCGUGCCUCAGUGAAGUCAAGUUUUCGGAUUCCUCUAGUACGAGAAGGCGAGUGUACGCCAUGGUCGAUGUGAAUGUCUCGUACGUGGAAGCUACAUGCACUAUAGAGCAUAUGGCAAUGAUACCUUGGUGGUUUGACGGCAACAAUGUUCGCUCUUAUGCGCAGAUUCAUGAACUUAUGGUUUAUGGGUUUGAGCUUUCAUGGCUUCCAAUUGCCUGUGCACGGAAUUGUAAUUGGUGCAACAUCAGCGACACGUACAAAAUUCACUGUGCAGACAAGAAAAGGUUACCGCUUGUUUAUCGUCUCUGCGCCAUUCGUGGUUUUGACAUUCGUCUUGGGAGCCCCAUGGGUGAUAAUCUUGCUCCUAUACAUAUGGAGGAGAAGACACUUAGCAAUGAAUCGAAUGUUGAAGAAUUUUUGCAAAUCUAA